CACUCACUCCAAAGGGGGCGCAGGGGCGCAGUGUAGUGCCGUGCGCAGAAAAAAGUUACAAGUGACAAAAAUAAUUACCAAAAAUACCCACACGCGGGCCCGGAAUGCCAUACCCUAACCCCGUCCGUCGGGUCCGAAGAUCCUGAGUCCGCGCGACCGAAGACGUUUUUAUCCGCGUUAUCCCCGAUUCGGCCGAUAAUCCCUUUCUAGACUAGUCUCCGCUCUAUCCCUACUCGUACAUCCCUUCGCCCUUAUUUCGUCAGCCUCGUCUCGUCUCGUCUCGUCGCCCAAUCUGUCAGCCUUGCGUAACCCCUCACUUACUUGUGUCAACAAAUCGUCACAUCACGGGAUCUUCAACUCACCCCUCACCCCGUGAUAUCUCUCUACAUACAUACAACCAGUUGCAGUGCAGUGCGCCAGUAUCAAAACUCCUCCUUAUUAUACCUGCUCUUCUACUCUUCCCAAUCUCGGCUACUACUCUUUGUUAGUUGUCCUCCUCCUCACAAUGAGCAAACCCUCCCACACCGCCGUCUCAGCGCCCGGCAAAGUCCUCCUAGCAGGCGGCUACCUCGUCCUCGACCGCGCCUACACGGGUCUCGUCUUCGGUCUCAGCGCGCGCAUCCACGUUAUCGUCAAGGAGGCCGUGACGGCCGAGGGCGCGGAACCGCUUAUUGUCGUUAAGAGCCCGCAGUUUGUGGAGGCGGAAUGGAGGUACUCUGCUGUUAUUUUGGGGGAUGGGGCGGGGGUGGAGGUUAAGCAGAUUGAGAGUCCCUCCACCUCCCGCAACCCCUUCGUCGAAACAACCCUAACCUACACCCUCUCCUACUUCCUCACCACCACCACCCUUACCACCCUCCCCUCCCUCACCAUCACCAUCCUCGCCGACAACGACUACUACUCCCAACCCCCCUCUUCCCCCACCACCAUCACCACCCCCUCCUCCCCCUCCCCCUUCACCUCCUUCCCCACCCCCCUAACCUCCGCCAACAAAACCGGUCUCGGUUCCUCCGCCGCCCUCACCACAGCCCUAACCUCCUCCCUCCUGCAUUUCCUCCUCCCCACCCCCCCCACCCAAAUCCUCCAACACAACCUCUCCCAAGCCUGCCACUGCGCCGCCCAAGGAAAAAUCGGAUCCGGUUUCGACGUCGCCGCCGCUGUGUACGGGACAUGCCUAUACCGUCGUUUCUCGCCUUCGCUUUUGUCUUCAAUCAGCGAUGCCGGGGGGCCGGGGAGUCAGGGGUUUGCGGAGAGGUUGAGGGGGGUGGUGGGGGAGGGGGAUGGGAAGUGGGAUACGCAGAUCGAGAAGGAAGGGGUGGCGAUACCAAGGGGGUACGCGCUGGUGAUGUGUGAUGUCGAUUGCGGAUCGCAGACUGUGGGGAUGGUGAAAUCGGUGCUUGCGUGGAGGGGGAAGGAAGUCGAUGAUGCGGGUAGGAUCUGGACCUCUUUACAGACCUCCAACGAGGAACUCGCGCGCGCCUUGUCGGCUGGGAAAGAGGACGAGAUCAGCAGGGCGUUUGGGGCGAUUAGGGCGUUGAUAAGGGAGAUGGGCGAGAAAUCAGGAGUCCCCAUCGAACCCGCAGCGCAAACUGCAUUACUUGAUAAGCUCGGGGAAGUGGAGGGCGUAGUAGGCGGUGUAGUCCCAGGAGCCGGUGGUCACGAUGCGGUUGCAUUAUUGAUUAGAGAAGGAGAUGAGACGUUGGAGAGGGUUAAGAAGGCGUUGGAGGAGUGGACCGCGAAGGGGGAGGGAAAGGUGAAGUUAUUAGGUGUUAAGGGGGAGAUGGAAGGUGUGCGAGUUGAGAAGGAUUUCGAGUAUGGGUCGUGGAUUGAGGCAUAAAGAGGCGUCUUACAUCAGGCAUGAAAAAGCACCCACCGCAUACCAUAGCAUUGCAAGCACAUCGGCAUUUUAGAAAAAUCUAUAUCCAUUCAUCCAUCCCCCC